AUGGAGUCAUUAUCAGACCUCGCAAGGGUCGCCAGGAGAGCACAGGAGGACGCGCAGAGGGCAGCAGAGGCUCCGAGCCCCGUCGAGCCAGCGCAGGUUGCGAACAAUGAGGCGGGUUAUGAGUCGGGUUCGAAGCAGGAUAUGUCGAUACCGCAUACGCCGAAUAUGGUAAUCGUGCCUCCAUUAAUCCAGGACUUGAGGUUGGGUUCCGCGCCGCCGUCGGCAGGACUACCGCUUCCGCCACUACCUGCUGCUGCGAAAUCGCCCUCGGCUAUUUCCACUACUAGUUCGGCGUCGGGAAGCACAAACGCUACCUCUUUAGGCGACCAAAAGAGCAUCGAAACCAUCUCGGUCGCGACGCCGGCAAAGAUAGCCCCGCUGAAUGUUGGUCAGCGCAUUGAAAUCUCCCCCGAUUACAGGCCGAAAACGAGCUCGACGAAGCGUCUUUCGUUUGGUUCCGCCGCUUCCAGUAAAAGACCUAUCAAGUACGCCAGGGGUAGGCAUGCGGGUAUCGAGUUGUCCCCGCAGCCGAGCGACGACGACAACGAUCCUCUGAACUGGCCACUGUGGAAGAAGGAUCUCAACCUGGCAGCACUUUUGGUCACCGUUGCCCUGAUCCAAGUGAUGAAGACCGUCUUUGUCUCGGUUAAUGUUGUUCUAGAACAAACUCUCAACCGGUCGUACACGGCCAUUGCGGCCCUGACAGGCGCGCCGCUGAUUUUCUCCGCCGUAACCGGCAUGGUCGCUCUGGUCGCAUCGCGCGUGUACGGCAAGAGGCCAGUCUAUCUCGCCGCCACCGCGCUCAUCUUCUUCAGCUCCAUCUGGAACGCAGCCGUGAACGACUUCAACCAGGCACUGGCCGCGCGCAUCUUCCAGGGGAUGGGCUGGGGCGUCUUUGACUCGCUCGUGCUGGGCUCGAUCCACGACACCUUCUUUGAGCACGAGCGCGGCCUGCGCGUGGCCAUCUACCAGAUCGUGUCGGUAGGCACCCUCUGGGGAGGCCCUAUACUCGGCGGCGUCGCGUCGCAGAACCCCGCCAGCUGGCAGACUCAGUUCCAGAUACUCUGCAGCUUCCAGGCCGUGUCGGUGCUGCUCGUCGCCCUGGCCGUACCCGAGACGGCCUUUGACAGGGCUUUUGUCCUCCGUAACACCCCCAGCACCGCUGGGACCUGGAAGCAGCCAUCGCUCAGGCCGCGCGCGCAUGUCGACGUGGAAAAGGCCAGGGAGUACCUGCUGACCAUGAAGCCAGUCAGCUACAACGCCCGCGACCAGGACAGGGACCUUCUUCUGCAGGCACCCCGGGCCGUGAUCGCGCCGACGACCAUGAUGCUCGUCUUGGCGUCCUUCAUCCCUUUCUCGGCGCUCUGGUCCAUCGCGAGCUCGUUCAGCAUGUUGUUUGCACACCUGCCCUUCAACAUGUCGCCGUCGCAGAUCGGCGCGCUGAUGGCGGGCCCCUUCAUCCUGGGCGUGCUCACGACCGCCUUCUUUGCCCUGACUCCGUUCUGGCAGCGCAUCAAGUCUUGCCCCAAGAUCGGGCUGAUUGCCCUGGCCACGGGCUCCCUCCUGACCUUCGUCGCGACCCUGACCAUGGGCCUGUACAUCCAGAUGGCCAUGGCGACGCCCAUGGCUACCGCCGCCGCCGCCGCCGCAGCCAGAACCACCCCGGCCGCCGCCUCCGAAACGAGCCCCUUUAUGAUCGACGGCGUGGCCAAGAACGUGAGCUUCCCCGCGUUGGGUUUCCUGCUGGGUCUCUUGGCGGCGGGCGCCUACACCCUGGACGCGACGGUGCGCCCGACCAUCCGCCGCUCGACGUCGUUCACGUCGUCGAACCUGGGCAUCGCGCUGCGCAACACGGUCGACAUGGAGGGCGCCGUCUCCAUCUGGCGCGCCCUGAUCGCGGGCAUCUUUGUCAUCGGCACGCCAAACAUCUCGUGGACCUUUUCAGCCAUCGCCGGCAGCCUGCUCGGUUUCGCUGUCACGCAGGUGGUGCUCAUCGUCGUCCUGGCCGUCGUCUGGUGGCGCUUCGACCAAGACAUCAUACGGUGGGACGGAGUCGUCAUGAAGCUGGUCGACCUGGGCUCGCUCAAGAGGUCGGGUAGCUAUAUGGAUAUGGACUGA